AUGAAUUCAGAGCUCUUCGACGUCAUUAUCGUCGGAGCAGGCAAGGCAACAAUGAGUUUAGAACGGCUUUCCGGUCUCGCGGCUGCGCGAUUCUUUCUUGAUGUGCACCCAGAAAGUUGCGUCUUGAUAUUGGAGAAAGAGCAGUCGGUUGGUGGACCUUGGGGCAGAAGUCGAAUAUACCCAGGGUUCUGGUCGCAGAGCGGCAUUCGCAUGUCGGGCUUCUCGGAUGUGCCUCUGACUGUCCCGCAAGACGCUGAAGUUUUCAACGACAUUUUUGAGGCAAAGUACGUGACCGACUAUCUGGAGAACUAUCUCGACAACCAUGUGUACUCCGGCACGCCUUUGCGCGAGCGCGUAAGAACCGGCUUCGUCGUCUCCAAAGUUGAUAAAUUGCACGACAUCUGGACGGUGAAUGGCGCGCUCCUUGCAGAUAGCGUUCAACAGUCCUUCAAGACCAAGCGAAUCAUCAUCGCCACAGGCAUGACAUCUGCACCAAAAAUGCCAAAAUUCAAGGGGCAGGACCAAUUUGGCGGUCCAAUACUGCACCAAAAAGACUAUGGUCAAUUUCUGUCCGCGCGACCUUCGGAUCACGGCAAAGUCGCUGUACUGGGCGCGGGAAAAUCUGCGGCGGACAUGGUGUACGGUCUUGUGAAGGCGGGAAACGAAGUACAUUGGAUAAUUCGAAAAUCUGGCAAAGGCCCAGGCGCAUUCACCAAUCCAGCAGAAAACGCCAAGGGGCCGUUUCUUAAUGACCCAGAACUUGCAGCCACUCGACUAUUUGGGACCAUGAGUCCAUCGUGCUUCAAUCAGCCAAAUUUGUGGACCCGGUUCUUGCACACCACGUCGAUAGGCGAGAAGAUUCUUAAGGGCGUUUGGAACGGCGCGGAUGAGAAGUGCAAGCGGAUAGGAAACUUUCACGGCCGUCAAGGAGCACUCGAAGGUUUUGACCACUUAGAGAGUGACGUGAACCUCUUCUGGUGUACCGGACCCUUUGGCAUGAUCCAAAGACCGGAUUUCUGGGAUAUCGUCGCGAAAAACGUCCAUGUUCAUCGCAAUGAUAUUGAGAGUCUAGCGCACCACAUGGUCGUACUCGAAGACGGACCGUCCCUACCCAUGAAUGUCAUAGUAUGUGCAACUGGGUUUGUCAACGAAUACCCAUUCUUCAGCGCCAAGCAACGAGUGACUCUUGGUCUAUCGCACCCAAAAUCAGAUGAUGCAGGUGAGAACGAGUGGUCAGCUCUUGAAGCCGAAGCAGAUGAUGAAGUCCUUGCACUGUACCCGAAGCUAGCAUUAGCCCCAAAUCAAGACCUAAGCGAUCCCCCCACAAGCAAGACGCCAAAUCGCCUCUACAACUGUAUCACGCCACUGGAUGACCAUUCUGUCGCUUUCGUGGGCAACAUCUACGCACCAAACGGUUUUCGUACAGCAGAGGUUCAAGCAAUCUGGACAACAGCUCUCUUCGACGAAUCGCUGCAACUACCUUCGGAAGACGCUAUGCGCAAAGACGUGGCAUGGGUGAAUGCUUUCAUGAAGCGUCGGUAUCCCACACAUGGGGCGGGUGGGAACUACCUCCAGUACGAUAUGAUGGGCUACAUUGACCGGCUGUUGCAGCAGGUUGGGCUCACAUCACAUUUAAAGGGAUGGUGGACCAACCUGACGUUCCCGAUGAUUGCCAAGGACCUGAGUGGUACUACGAAGGAGUACAUCGAGAAGUACGCGGCACAGCGGAAGGGAUUGGAAUCUGAGUAA